UGCCUGCGCGAUGUAAAUACGCCCGAUCAAAAUAAGCAGCAAGGUUUUUUUUUGUACGCGAUUGCGGAAUCCUCAAAUCAAACUGUUUUCAUUCAACUUCCGUGCGCCUCGGUUGGCUGAGCUGUUGCGCUGGUGUGACUUACGCUAAUUACGUGGAUUAAGCGAGUGGCGGGUGCGUUAAGUUAAGGUUUGUGACUAAGUUGAAGGAGCCUGGUGGACCAUGUUCCGUCUGGGCCCUGGGGGUUGCGCACGGUACAAGUGACCUCUGGCCAGCUGCUAUGUGAGAAAACGUAGGAAUAACACACAAAAUUGUGCAACCAAACUAAGUCUUGAGCUGGAGGAAGGGUUAGCCUAAGCUUCGUAGUCAACAGCGAAAGUAAUUAACUUUUAAUCGAGCCUGACGUAAUCCCAGCUGUGAAAGAGCCACAACAUCCACAAUGCAGGUGCUGAGCAAGUGCAGCUCGGUGCCGGUGACCUGCCUGGAGUACGUGCACCCAUGGACACCGUCCUGCGGCGUGGCUUCGGCCGAGUUUCUGGUGGUGGCCCUGCAGGACAGUUUCCGCAUUUACAUGGCGGUUUAUCUGCUCUCUCUGGUGAUGCGCGGUCGCGUCCCUACGCUCGGCGACCUCCGGCGCACGAUCCGCGGCCUGAUGCAAUCCACCGCCUUCCUAACCAUGUCCGCCUUCAGCUACUCGAUCUUCCUGUGCGCGAUAAGGCGUGCACUGGGGUCGUACAACUUCUACACCGCCUCGUACAUUCCGGCCUUUAUGGCUGCGUUCUGCGCGAUUCUCGUUGAGCGACCUUCGCGCCGGGGUCUGCUCAGUUUGUACGUUGCGAAUGUGGCCUCGGAAACCGGCUGGAACAUUCUCAAGUCACGGGGGUUGGUGCCGGUUUCGUUGCCCCACGGGCAGAUUGCGAUUUUUGGGGUUUCGACGGCGAUUUUGCUGUACUUUUACCGGUUGAAUCGCCAGAAGGACUACAAGGACUCGAUGUUUGACGUGUUUCGGUUUGCGCUGGGCGAGAGUGAAGUGAUGAAAGCGCAAGAAGUGCCGGCGAUAGAGGGAUCGCGCCGGGAUAGUCGACCACGGGCGGUGGGGUCCAGAAGUCCUGGUUCCACGUACAACGUCAUCCAGAUGGCGUUGCGAGCCUACGUUAAUGUGAUAUCACGGGUUAAGAACCUGAGCAAACACGAGCUGUGUCGGCAUCGGCACAGUUGCCUGUACAACAUGCUGUCCGGAGGGGCGCGGAUGUUCUCCAUCGGGGUCGGCAUUCAGGUGCUGAUGAAGGUGCUGGUGCAGGCGAGGAGGUUGAUUCGAAAGCCGUCGCUCGCUCGGCGGACCUUUUUGAGCAAGGACAUCCUGAAGCUGGGCUGCUUCCUGGGAGAAUUUACGCUUCUCUAUAAGUUGUCUUCCUGCUUGUUGCGACACGCAACCAAUAGUGAUAAGGCGGCCUUUGCCAUUCCGAGCGGACUUGUUGCCAGCGUGGCGUUCGCACACUACUCGGACAACACGAUCGCCCUCUACAUUAUGUGGAAGAUGCUCCAGACCUCCUACAACUGGGGCAUCGAGAAGGGCUACGUCCCCAAAGUGCCCGGCUUCACCGUGUUCCUGUACUGCGCCUCGACGGCGUUACUCUUCCACGCGGCUACCAUGGAGCCGAUGAACCUGCGGCCAAGCUACUGGAAGUUCCUGCACAGCAUCUCCGGCGGAAGAAUCAGCGUGAUGGAUCGCAGCGGGUUCAACGUGUACGGGCUGGCCACCACGGACCAGAUUGCGCAAAUUUCCAAACUGUGCAAGACGAAGGCGGAGGUCGAGUUUCGGAUUUUCGAUGAUUGAGCAGCGGCGGUGGAGAAAAAAAUUACGACAAAUGGCCUUAACUGGAUAGUUGCUGCACUUUAAAUUCGUUUGGAUUCUUCCCAAGGAGCCCACAGCCAAUGAAUAGUGUUAAACACUGCAGCAAGAAAAAAAUAAUAACUGGAAUCCAAGUGCAGUUUAUUUCAUUCGUUUUUGAUUGAUUAAGAUAGAAAAAUGGCACAAAAACAACAUGCUUCGCAACAACUUCAACUAAGGGACAAGGGCUAAUGUUAGGUUCUGUAAAUAAGUGACUUACAGUUUGAUGUUUUGUAUGCGUCUGCGUUAACUAUUUUGUAUUUUGUUUUAAAAUAAAUCGUCGGUAAAUGGA